GAAUAAGAUCGAGCCCCUUAUGAUUUCCAAAGAUGGCCCAAAAAAUACAUUUGGGCCUGUAUAGGCCCAAUCUAAUUGAAGAAUUUCCGAUACGACUGAUAUGACGUUCCGUUUCUCUGCUUUUUGAAUUACAACGGUCAUCUUUUUCAAAGACAGUGAAGAAGCCAUCGCCGUGUAUUUUUCUUCUGUUGCUCGUGUACUCAUAUAGUAGUAAUUAACAAUGGUCACAACGAACCGCUCUCGGGGAUCUCCAUCAGAGCGGCAAAAAUGGGACAAAAUCUUCGGUGGCUUGGUGAAGAUUUUGAAGUCCCAACAACAGCAGCUUGAAACUCUUGUCAAAGAGAGGAAGAUUCUCGAAGAUCGCAUCAAGAUGCAACACGAUCAACGGGUUUCUGAUAUUCGAUUUUAUGAAGACCAUAUCUCCCAGAUGAAGGAGGAUUUAGUGGAGAAAAAUAAAAUGCACAUGCUUGAUGCUGCAAAAGCGGAUUUGAUAUUAGCUAUGAAGCAGAGAGAGACUAGUAUUCACAAAUUGAAUUUGCGGGAUAAAGAUGAUGAGUUAGCAGAUUUCAAAUCUUGUUUUGACUACCUCUCUCAGUACAUAAGGGAUAAUUCUCCAAGAAACUCCACAAAAUCUGACAAAAGAAAGUCAGGAAACGGAGAUACUGACAAGGAUGUUGGUUCUAAGAUGCUUGAGGGCGAAGUACGAAGGCUAAAGCAUGAAUAUGAGAAGCUAGCUUCGGAAAAGAGUUCUGAGAUAUCUGCUUUAUUGGCUGAGAAGAAAUUUGUUUGGAAUCAAUAUAAUCUCAUGGAAAAAAAUCUCACCAAUGAUCUAAAGAGAGAGCGUUCUGAACUUGAACGAGCAAAUGGGAGGAUUGUGGAACUUCUUGGCAGUAUGGAGCAACUUCAGUCCUCUAACAAUGAGAAAAAUGAAAUGAUUGCAAGACUAAACGCUAAAGUAGCUGGGUUAGAGGCGGAUGCAAAUAAGUCAGUGGAACACAUUUCUAAACUCUCUCGGGAUUUGGAGUUGUUAAGGAAAUGUAGAAGUGCUUCUAUUACACCUGUUUUACAGCGUUGCGCUAGAGGGGCAACUUCUAAGAUAAUAGACAAGAACAGUGGCAGAGAUGGAAGUAAUAACAUUGUUAAGAAAGAAAUAUCUGCUGCGAGAGAGAUUGAAAAGGAAAGCAGAAGUUUAAAAAGAAAAGGAGUUGACAGUGUGCCCGUUUCCAAGAUUCCAAAAUUGUUCGCCUCUGGUUUUAAAGUUCCCAAAUUGAAGAAUUCACCUUCCAACUACAGAUGACUCCUCCUACACCAUAACAGGAAGCAUUCUUGUGUGUAUUUGUUUAUAUUUUCUUGUAUUCUUAUGUGCUUCAUGUAAAUUAUAGUAGCCUUGGAGCAAGUUAUUGUUAGUCCUAAUUGUAGUAUGUGCUAGUUCUAGGUUUUCUACAUUAGAUCUGCUAGAAAAUUGUAGCAUGUGCUAGUUUUAGGCUGUUGAAAUCAUUGGAGCAAGACAUUGUAAAAUAUUUUCUAUUGUGACUGAAUCAAACCUUUUUGUUC